AUGGACAAUAUCUUCAGAGAUCAUGGGGAUAAGGUGAGAUUCUUUGGCAAUGUGAAUGUCGGCAUAGAUGUUCCGCUCAAAGGUCUUCUGGAAGUUUACCACUCCAUUGUUUUGUCAUAUGGAUGUACCAGCUCAGAUAACAAGCUUAACGUCCCCGGGGCCGACUCGCCUGCGGUUAUCCUGGCUCGUCAAUUUGUCAAUUGGUACAACAGUCAUCCAGACAGUGCAAACAGUGAGUCCAAUAUUCCUCCUCCGUUAGAAAAAAUAAAGAAUGUGACCAUUAUAGGUAAUGGUAAUGUUGCAAUUGAUGUUGCCAGGGUGCUUCUUGCGGAUCCAGAAAAGCAUUGGUCUCCGACCGAUAUACGUGUUGAGGCUACUGAGUUGCUCAAGAAGAGCGCCGUGGAGAGAGUCAACAUCGUCGCCAGAAGAGGUCUUCUUGAGUCCGCCUUCACAAACAAGGAAAUCAGGGAACUUGUUGAUUUGAAAAAGCAUCUGAAUGUGCAGCUAGUUCCAAUUGACUCAGACAUUAUGAAUGACAUCAAGCCAAAUGCUAAACUGUUACUGAGAGUUGACAAGCGCAAGUUUGGUAUUCUUGAAAAAGCCUCCGAUGAAGCUGCUGCUGAUCCCAAGCCCUCUCAUAAAAAAUGGGCCCUUGAAUUCCUUAAGAGCCCAAAAGAAUUCGUGGUCGAUGAAAACGACCCUUCUUUGCUUACAGAGACGAAAUUCGAGGUUAAUGAGUUGGUGGAAGACAAGCUUACUAAGAGAGUUAGCGUGAAAGGUACAGGACAAUUUGUUACCUUACCCAACGAAUUGGUGAUUUUAUCGAUCGGCUACAAAGGUUCUCCGCUUGACGGCUUUGAGAAAGUUGGAUUGGCAUUUGACACUGGCAAGAACUGUCUAGUACACAAGCAUGGUAGGCUUAUGCUUGAGAAAAACCUAGAUAAGGAUUUGGAACACAACUACAAGUAUGAUAAGGGUUGGUAUACUUCAGGGUGGAUCAAAAGCGGACCCAAGGGUGUGAUUGCAACUACAAUGAUGGAGUCAUUUGAUACAGCUAACAAUAUAUUGGAGGAUCUAAACAAUGGUGUCUUCAACAAACCCUUUAACGAACAUGGUGAGGUAGAUAUUCCUCGCCAUGCAGUUACAUGGGAGGGGUGGACUAAAUUGAAUGAGUACGAGCUCAAAGAGGGAGAGAAGCUUAGCAAAGCGAGGUUGAAGGUGCCCGCAGUAAGCGAAAUGCUUCGCAUAUCAGAGUCUGACUAG